GGCUGCCUACUGUGGGGCGACCGUGUGGUCAUCCCAACGGUCCUCCAACAACAGAUUCUGCAACGUCUCCAUGAAAGUCACCCCGGAGUAAGCAGAAUGAAGGCCCUUGCUCGCAGUUUCAUUUGGUGGCCAGGGUUAGAUGCAGAGAUCGAAGCCUGGGUCGCCAAAUGCGAAACCUGCCAGCAGUCCCGACCAUCUCCUCCUUCCUCUCCCUCCCGGGAAUGGGAGAUGCCUCGGGGUCCCUGGUCUAGAAUACAUAUAGAUUUCGCUGGCCCCUUUCACGGCCAGACUUUCCUUAUAGUUGUGGACGCGUACUCUCGAUGGGUGGAAGUAUUGCUCAUGCACUCCACCACAUCUGACAGUACUGUGCGAGCCUUGCGACGAUUGUUCGCAACCCACGGGUUGCCGGACACAGUAGUGUCCAACAACGGCCCGCAAUUCACGUCUACAAUGUUCCAAACAUACCUGGCCGAGCAAGGGGUCCGCCACGCGCUGGUUGCCCCUUACCACCCGGCCAGCAAUGGCCGAGCGGAAAGGGCGGUUAGAUCUGCCAAGGAGGCUUUGGGCCGUCUAAACCGUGGAGACUGGCAGGCAAGGGUGGAUGCUUACUUAUUGGCACAGCACUCCACACCUUGCCCCCUGACACAGAAAAGCCCCGCGGAGAUGUUGAUGGGCAGGCGCCUGCGGACCACCCUGGAUAGAUUG